UUUCCACAAGGCAUCUCUUUCACCCUGUCUUAACCUUUUGUACAUAACAACUCUCUCUCUCUCUCACACACUCUCUCUCUCUCUCUCUCACACUCUCUCUCUCUCAUACACACUGUAAUUUUCUUCAAGCACCCUCAUUGUCAUUCAGACUUGUGUCCCUAAUGUAAAUAUCAUUUUCCAACCUUUUCAAAAUAUCUUCUUAAACCUCAAAUGCUAUUAUUAUUAUUGUUCACUCUUCACUUCUUCGUUCUUUCAACCUCAGCCCCCACUCACCAGCCUUCCCUAUUUUUCCUAAAUUUCCAUUCCUUUUCCCUUCCCAUGAGUUGAUGCAUCUUUUUCAAGCUAAUUAAGCUUGAAAUAGCUGGUGGGGUUUUUAAAUCUGUCGAUAUAACUGUGUUUUUCUUUUUCUGGUUGGAGAUUCAGGAACUUGCUGUGAGACUGCUUCAACUUGGGAGUGUCAUUGACAUAAAUGCAAACAAACUUGAAUUCGAAGACUGUUAGUGGUUACUUAAAUCCCUGAAAGACAUGCAGUCAGCCUUCUUUCUGCUGAAAUGAAGAACUUGCAGAGCUCAGAAGAAUUGCAGUCAUCAACUCAAGCUUCUCAUGAGCCUAAGAGUGAACAACCAAACAAUCACACAAAUGAUGCUCCUGUUACAGACACAGGCUCAGCAUCUGCUACAAGCAAUGACAGUAAAAAAGUUUCACGGCAGGAUAUUGAGUUUGUCCAGAAUUUAAUAGAAAGAUGCCUACAGUUAUAUAUGAAUAAAGAUGAAGUGGUUAAAACACUAUUGACACGGGCAAAGAUAGAUCCUGGAUUCACUACCCUUGUAUGGCAGAAGUUGGAGGAAGAGAACGCAGAUUUCUUCAGGGCCUACUAUAUCAGGCUAAAAUUGAAAAAGCAAAUUCUUUUAUUCAAUCAUUUGCUUGAGCAUCAGUAUCAUCUAAUGAAGUGUCCCAUGCCUGCAAAGGUACCAUUGGCCCCAAUACAGAACGGAAUCCAUCCAAUGCCUGUCAACAACCUACCUAUGGGAUAUCCAGUGCUACAGCAGCCUCCCAUGCAAGCAACAGGUCAACCUCAUCUUGAUUCCAUGGGUUGUGGUAUAUCAAGUUGUCAUGUAGUUAAUGGAGUCCCUGCCCCAGGCAACUUUCACCCCAUUCGGAUGAACUCUGGGAAUGAUAUGGUGAUGGACCACAACGCUCCAGAUAUGACUCCUGUUAUUCCACCAAAUGGUACAAUGUCAUCCGUCUCAGAAAUGCCAGUAAGUCCGACAUCUGUCGCAUCGAGUGGCCAUUUCCCCUUCACUGCAUCAGAAAUAUCAGGAAUGGGUGCAGAUGCCUCAGCUCUUGAUACAGCAUUUACAUCUGAUGUGGCAAGUUCAGUAGGAUUACAGCUUGCGCCAGAUGGUGGCAAUGGAAUUUCCAGAUCACUGGAUCAAAUUCAAUGGAACUUUAGUCUAUCAGAUCUAACGGCAGAUUUACCAAACUUGGGAGAUCUAGGAGCUCUGGGAAACUAUCCUGGUUCACCAUUUUUGCCAUCAGAUUCAGAUAUUUUGCUCGAAUCUCCUGAUCAACAGGAUAUAGUUGAUGACUUCUUUGUUAAUUCUGAGCCCCCAUGCUCUCAAUCAGAUGAGGAUAAAUCUUGAGGUGAGGCAAGUUGCAUGUUUCACAUUAAUUGUUAGAUUAGGGAAAUUUAGGAUUAAUAAAUGUCAUCUAGCUUACAUGGCAUACAGGUUUACUGUUACCUAAGUGUAGGCAGCCUGAUCUUUAUCAUCAGGAUGAAAAUAGAAUGUCAAUUGUUCCCUGUAGUAGCAAACUAGCAAUCUUUUGCAUUCUUUUCAGAAAUCUGUUAUCAGGAAGAGUUGGGACAGUGUUUAGGAUGUGUAAUUGAUUUGAUGCAUUUGGAUAUAUAUAAUUUAUAUAUAUAAUAUAUAAUAUUGUUUGGAUC